AUGUCAUUCAUGCAAAAACAUGACUUAGCCGAUCACUUAUAUAUUCACUUAGGAGAGAAAAAGUCAUUGGGAGAAAAGCAGAAUAUGGUACAGUGUAUACUUAAACAUAUAGCAGAAAGAUAUGUAUGUGAUAAAUGUAACACAUCAUUUGCACAAAAGCAGGAUUUAAUAGAACAUUUACAUAAUCAUUCAAGAGAAAAAAAAUUAUUUGCACAAAAGCAGAAUUUAAUGGAGAAUGGACCUAAUCAUACAGAAAAAGAAUGUGUAUGUGACAUGGUUAAUACGUCAUUCAUGCAAAAGCAGAAUUUAAUGGAAUAUAGUCAUUUUAAAAAGUCACGUACACAAAAACAGAACUGUAUAGAUUCCAACCAGUCAACAAAAAAAUAUCUGUGUGAGACUUGUAAUGCAUCAUUCACACAAAAGCAUGAUUUAGUGGAACAUUUACAUGCUCACUCAAAAGAGAAAUCCCAUGUAUGCUAUAUAUGUGAUAAAUCAUUUCAAGAAAAGCAAAAUUUUGAUCAGCAUAUGCUUAUCCAUUCAGCUAAAGAAUACAUGUGUGAUGUAUGUAAUAAGUCCUUUGUGCAGGAAGGUGAUCUUAUUGAACAUUUACGUAUUUCAACAGGAGAGAAGUCUCAUGUAAGUGUGUAUGAUAACUGA